CCUGUUAAUAUUUUUUUUUUUCACACGACGUCCGGGAGUGGUCAAAAUAUCGUCUUUGCGGCUGAUAAGUGGAACUUGCCCUCUAUUUUAGCGUUCCCAUGCUGUAUACCGGAUAACAGCCAAGAAAGACACCAAACUCAUUACGAGCUUUUGCAGAAGCAGCAGCUACACUAGACAUGAUGUCUACAUUCAGUUGAUGACACUUACAAGAGGAAGUUCUGGUGUUGGUGGAGGCGGUUUCCGUUAGUGUAGUAGCUGCGGACAGUGUCCAAAUCCAAAGAUGGCUACUGGAAAGAGUAAGAACCAGAGCUCUCUGGUGCUGCACAAGGUGAUCAUGGUGGGAAGUGGAGGUGUUGGGAAGUCAGCUCUCACUUUGCAGUUCAUGUAUGACGAGUUUGUGGAGGAUUACGAGCCCACCAAGGCAGACAGCUACAGGAAGAAGGUGGUGCUGGAUGGAGAGGAGGUCCAGAUCGACAUCCUGGACACAGCUGGACAGGAGGACUAUGCUGCCAUCAGAGACAACUACUUCAGGAGCGGAGAGGGCUUCCUGCUAGUCUUCUCCAUCACCGAACACGAGUCGUUCACCGCCACCUCAGAGUUCAGGGAGCAGAUUAUGCGGGUGAAAGCAGAAAACGAUACCAUCCCUCUGUUGGUGGUGGGGAACAAAUCGGAUCUGGAGGACCGCAGGCAGGUGUCGCUGGACGAGGUCAGGGCCAAGGCAGAGGAGUGGGGGGUGCAGUACGUGGAGACCUCAGCCAAGACACGAGCCAACGUUGACAAGGUAUUCUUUGAUCUCAUGAGGGAGGUGCGAAAAAAGAAAAUGUCAGAGAGCAAGGAUAAGGGUGGAAAAGAAGGCAAGAUCAAGAAGGCUUUCAAAUGCUGUCUGCUUUGAACUAGACCAGACCUUUCAGUCAGACACACGAGCCAAACCAGACAAGAGCCUCCACAGCACAGUGGAAUUAGACCGGGACAUGUUCAUUAGGACAUACUGUAGCAAAAUAUUUCGAAACCUUUUGCAACGGAAAACAAAAAUGAGCGUUUCUUAUUGGACAAUAUAUUAUUUCUUCCUUUGGAGAAUUUUCUUCAGUUUCUUGCCUACUGAACACAACCUAGAUCUACAGCUCCUUCCCACUGAACUGAGACUUUAGCCUUUAACACGCAUAUCUUAUCCAUAUACAGUAACUCUCACAUUGUGGCAGUCAGAGGGGUGACCUUAUCACUAACCGAUCUUAGUUAUGCAAACCAUCCUUUAUGCCACUGUUGGGGACAGGUCCAGAGGGUACUCUUUAGAUGAAGUGCCUGAACAUUGAUCAUGAAUAUAUAGAUUAUGAUCGCAGACAAUCACUCACUCGCACACUACUUAAAUAUGGCCUUGGUUUGUUACUUGUAGGAAUAAGUAUCCUAUGCUGUUUGAUGUCUUACUGUUUGCACUGCAAUCAAUUUUAUAUUCCUACUUCCACUACACUAUUUUUACUUUUUUAUUUAUGGUGCACUGCAUGAAAAUCUGUCAUAAUUAAGUCACUUUAUUCAUAAUCCAACAUUAUCCACAUGUACAAUCCAACAUGUACUAUAUCCAUAUCAUGUUUUUUUUUUUUUUUUACAAAUUUGGCUGACAGCACUUUUUCUCCGCAAAAAUGUCAACGUUUCAGUGUUGUCUUUCUAAUUCUAAACUUGAAACUGAAGCAUUAAACUAAAUUACUGUUUGUAUGUACACUUAUUACGGGUUAUAUACAAACUGUUUCUGUGUUGCCAAAUAAACUUAUUCUCCUCUUUGUAA